AUGCCUAUAUCAGAGUUUCUGAAUUCCUUACGCUGCAUGAAGCCAAUCAGAAAACCACAGAGCAGACUGCCGAUAGCCAGCAACCAAAAAGAUCGUGUGCUAUCAGACACGACAGAUUCGGGACUUUCAGAGAGUCUCGCGCCUUCUCACCAUCACAGCCAAGAAGCUCCAAUCAUGGACAUGGACAUGGACACCGAACAUACCAUCACGCUGUCCAUCCUUGAUCAAGGCAUGCCACGUCAUUACACCCGCUUCUGUCUGGCUUUCCGUUUGGGCGAGACGCCGGCAACAGUAGCCAUAGCAAGACUCGAGGUAUUUUUCAGACGAGUUUUCCAAGCUGAACCAUGGUUAGCCGGCCAUGCGUGUCCAGUGAGAGAGCACUGUUCGCCUAGGCAUCAACUGGAGAUCCGUUUCUCCCAGAAGGAUGUAGAGAAUUUUCAAGUCAAGGUGCAGGAGUUGCCACACGACAAAUGUCCGCUCACGUAUGAUGAGCUCUGUGAACUCGGGAUGCCUCCAAGCAAGAUUCCGCGACCUCUCGUCUCUUCAUGUCCGGACAGACGACCGGACACGGAGCCCGCGCCCAUACUCGAUGUCACUGUCAACAUCGUCCGCGGCGGCUUGCUCAUUGCCAUCUUCCUGCAUCACGGGGUCACAGAUGGCGCAAGUAUGGGCACCAUUGUCUCAGGCCAGUUAUGUCGCGACAUUUCCGAGACCAAACUCCUGACUGCGGUCGACCUUGCCGAGAAGGCACGCGCCGAAACGGUUACCCGCUUGCCUCUCUCAGCCAUCCCCACUAAUCAAUCCAUUGGGAGCCAUUCCGAGUACAAAGCCGCUCUCCGCGCCAUAGGUCAAACACCAUCGUCACCCGCUCCGGCACCGUCAGCUUCAGAAGUAACGAGCCACAUCUUCCGCUUCUCCGACGCAACCCUGCAAACCCUGAAAGCAGAUCUGAACUCCCUUCUCCAAAAUUCAAAUUCAGAACCCCAGAUCCCCUGGAUAACCACCCACGACGCCCUCCAAUCCCUCCUCUGGCAACACCUAACCCGAGCCCGCAUCCCCUCUUUCCCGGCCACCCAGUGCCUCUUAGACUCGAAAACAUCCACCCUCCUCAUCCCCGUCAAUGUGCGCAAACGCAUCGCCUCACCUUUGCCACCCAGCUAUCUAGGUGGAGCCGUCGUCCUCGCCCCCGCAACUCUGCCCCUAACCUCGCUCCUCACACCCACGGGAACGCAUCAACUCCAGACCGACGGUCUGUCGAAGAUGGUUGACAAGGCAUAUCUCCUCUCCACGGCGAUUACGAUUCACGCUGCGAUCGCGAAAUGUAAUGACGAUUAUCUGAGGGAAGUGUUGGAGCUGACGAAGAGUGUGGACAGUGUCAGGGAGAUGGUGGAUCUGAAUCUUGAUACGGCGGGCGGGUUGGAUUUAUGCAUUACGUCUUGGGCUGUGCUGCCUGUUUUUGAGGGGCCGGAGGGUAACGACGAGGGUAACGGUAAUGGUGAUGGUGCUGGUGAUGGCAGCAGUAGUGGUAGCAACAGCAACGGCGGCGGCAGCAGCAGCACUAACGGUAGCAGCAGCAGCAGCAACAGCAAGGAAAGUGAUAUAGGACUGGGUAUGGGUCUCGGGUUACCGGAUUUCGUGCGCAAGCCAUGGAGUCGUGAUGCCGGUGGGUGUAUUAUCCUGCCCAGGGAUCGACGAGGGUGGGCCCAGGGUGAGGAUGGUGCUGGUCGUGGUAGUGGUAGUGGUAUGGGUGGAUUGGAGGUGCUGGUGCAGCUGAAGACGGAGGACAUGGAUCGCUUGAUGCACGAGUCAUCGACUGAUCUAGACUGA